AUGGCCGCCCCAGAACAGGUUCCAAAUGGCACCGCCUCAGAUACAGCAGAGGCCAUCCAAGAGCCUGCCCAUCCCGUGGCUGUCGCCACCGAGACCGACGUGGACGUUGAAGCAGAGAACGGCGGGGAAGCUUUAAUAAACCUGACCAUUGUCUUACCUGAUUCCAAUGCGACGAAGAUGCAGAUAAUGGUCUCGUCUCAGGAACAAGUUCACGAGGUCCGUCAAUCCAUCAUCGACUUGCCUGCUGCAUUUCGCUAUACCUGUUUUCAUCUCGAGCAUCGAGGCAACAAAGUCAAUGACUUUAUUUCUAUUGCCGAAGUCCCCGACCUCGACCCGGAGCCCGAGUUCCAUUUGGUAGAAGACCCGUACACGGAGAAAGAGGCACGAAUCCAUCUGGUAAGGAUUCGCGAGCUCAUUGGCGCUGCUGGCGAUCGCGUAGGCAUUUACCAAGGUGUUCUCCCUGGACUUUCGCUCUUUGAAAGCGUUGCUCGACAGACUCAAAAAGUUUCCGGUGCCGCUCAAGACGUAUCACCACUAAAAGAUUUCAACUUCCAGUCUGCACCGUGCUUGAGCAGCCUUGUCCCUGACUUCUUUGAACCUGGACCAAGGACGGUCAGAUCUGUUGGACUUUCGUCAUGGAAUCCUCCACCAUGCCACUUGAGACAACGUGGCCACCUGCUAUACAUUGUAGUCACUACCAAUGAGGGAGAACAAUUCCAAAUCACCUCUCAUGUAUCGGGCUUCUAUGUGAACAAGUCUUCGAACGCCAAGUUUGACCCCUAUCCUCGAGCAGCACCCAAAGGAUACGCUUCUCAUUCUCUGCUAGAGCUCAUAACUCUCAUCUCACCUUCCUUCUCAGAUGCAUUCCAACAGCUACUCGAGUACAACAGCCAGAGAGAUCCUCUGGCUACGUUUCAAAUAACUAAUGCCGUUCCAUCCUCACCAUGGGCGGUGCCUCCGCCAACAUCAGUACUAUGUACUCAUGUCGCUGACCCCACGCGCCCGCAAGAAACCUUGUUGCUCUCCGGAGUUGAGAAUACAGACACAUUGCGUGAUUGGAAUGAAGAGUUCCAAUCCGCCAAAGAACUGCCGAAAGAAACUGUGCAAGAUCGAGUGUUUCGUGAGAGACUAGUAUCAAAGCUAUUCGCAGACUACAAUGACGCUGCUAUCAAAGGCGCAGUCAUGGUCGCCCGAGGGGAGAUUGCGCCUCUUAACCCUACGGAGAGCAGAGAUGCUCAGAUAUUUGUGUACAACAACAUUUUCUUUUCCUUUGGUGCCGACGGUGUCGGUACCUUUACAUCUGAAGGCGGAGAUGAAGCCGCCAGAGUUGCGACAGGAAAGGAUGUUGCAGGGGUAAGAUUGGUCAAUCAGCUUGACAUUGAAGGCUUGUUUGCUCCAGCUACUGUUGUCGUCGACUAUCUUGGUAAACGAAUUGUUGGCCAAAGUAUUGUGCCUGGUAUCUUCAAACAGCGCGAGCCGGGAGAAAACCAGAUCGACUAUGGUGCCGUGGGUGGCAAGGACGUUGUUGCAGAUGAUGAGCGCUUUGCUGCGUCGUUCGCGCAGCUGUCAAAAGCCCUCAAAGUCAAGAGGCAUCCCGUUUGGGACAAGGACGGAAAGCGAUUUGACUUGGAGGCCAGCGUUGAGACCAAAGGCCUCCUCGGAACCGAUGGGCGAAAAUAUGUCCUGGACCUUUACCGAAUCACGCCAUAUGAUAUCAGUUGGCUCGAGGAAACGAAGCUUCAGACUGAGAAAGGAAAUUCUAUGGCAUACCCGCAUCGUAUGACCGUCCUUAGACCCGAGCUCGUUGACUCGUUUGCUCGCUAUAAGAUGAAACAGUGGGUUGAUGCUGAACUUGCACGCCGUGACCAAAAGAAAGCAGACGAACAUGUCCAGAAUGAAUCUAGGGCAGCAUCCGAAGAAAGAAAGCCUAAAGCACAGCUUGACCUCUCUGAUUUCAAAUUUUCACUCAAUCCCGACGCCUUCAGCGGCCAACUCCCUCAAUCAGAUGAGGAAAAGUUGCAACUUCAGGAGGACGAAGACGAAGUGCGGCAAGCCGCAAAUUAUCUACGCAACCAGGUGGUUCCAGACCUAUUACAGGAACUUUCAGACUCUGACAUCAGCUUUCCAAUGGAUGGCCAGUCUCUGAGCCGCCUAUUGCACAAGCGAGGCAUUAAUGUCCGAUAUCUAGGAGCUGUUGCUUCUCAGGCUACCGGCGAAAGGUUGCGUUGCCUCAAGGAGAUCUGUAUUCAGGACAUGAUAGCACGUGCGUUCAAGCAUGCCGCAGCCGUCUAUUUGAGGAAUCUUCCCGUUCCCUUCACGACAGCCUGUAUAUCACAUCUGCUCAACUGUUUGCUGGGCCAGGAAUUAAACGCAAAGCCCAGGGCCGAAGUUGAACCCUCGCUCAAGUCACUGUAUUUUGACGCCGAUUUGUCCUUUGAGCUAGUCACGCCGACAGAACUUCGAGCUACCGUCGAGGAACAAGUCCUCAAACGCUUCAGAUACAAAUUGGAUGACAACUGGCUCAAUACCAUUCGCAAAGUCCAGCUACUACGCGAGAUUUGCCUGAAACUUGGUAUCCAGAUUCAAGCCAGGGAUUACAGCUUCGACGGAAGACCAAAUGCUUCUGAACAGUCCGUCGAGGCCACUGCCAACCAUGUGAACGGGCAGCAAAACGGGGAAUCGAAGGACAAGAAGAAAAAGAAGAGGGGGCAGGAGUCAUCUACUACCACAGCUACCAUGACCACUCCGAACUUGACAUUCUCACCUAACGACAUAGUCGAUGUUGUUCCCGUCAUCAAGCACUCCGCGCCACGAAGCGCUCUAGCAGAGGAAGCCCUCGAGGCCGGACGGCUGUCGAUCAUCCAAAAUCAGAAGAAGCUGGGUCAAGAACUUCUUCUCGAAUCGCUGUCAUUGCAUGAGCAGAUUUACGGCAUUCUGCACCCGGAGGUAGCUAGAGUUUACAACAGCUUAUCAAUGCUAUACUACCAACUGGAUGACAAGGAAGCGGCGGUCGAACUGGCCAGAAAGGCCAUCGUCGUGGCUGAGCGUACUGUUGGUAUUGACUCAGCCGAGACAUUACUGAACUACCUCAAUUUGAGUUUGUUCCUACAUCAAGUAGGAGAUAGCCGGGGAGCCCUGACAUAUUCAAAGCAUGCAUUGGUGCUUUGGAAGGUAAUUUACGGGCCAGGCCAUCCUGACUCGAUUACGACGAUUAAUAACGCAGCCGUCAUGUUGCAACACCUGAAGCAGUACCAUGAGUCAAGGUUGUGGUUUGAGGAAUCACUUCGCGUGUGCGAGUCUGUGUUCGGCAAACAAUCCAUCAACUCGGCAACUUUGCUGUUCCAGUUGGCACAAGCUCUCGCUUUGGACCACGAUUCGAAGGGAGCCGUCAAUCGCAUGCGUGAGUCGUACAACAUCUUCCUCAGUGAGCUCGGGCCGGAGGAUAAAAACACGAAGGAGGCCGAAAGCUGGCUGGAGCAGUUGACCCAGAACGCCGUGUCCAUUGCCAAGCAUGCCAAGGAUGUCGAGUCUCGCCGUAUUCGUUCGGGUAUCCGCUUCCCGGCAACUGUUCCCCCCGAACAACAAGCUGAUGCCCGGUCCCAGCGCAUGGCUCAGUCCUCGCAGAUGGAUCCACGGAGUAUUGACGAAUUGAUCAAGUUCAUCGAAGGGGGAGACCAAAAGUCCAAGUCCUCGAAGAAGCGACCUGGUCGAGGAAACCCUAAGCGCAGGGGACAGUCUACAAAAGCAUAG